CACUAGCAUAUUGACCAUGACCGUCUCUAUUGGUGAAUUCCGACCGCUGCAGGUGUUGAUCGUCGGGGCCGGCAUUGCGGGGCUGACCGCUGCCAUUGCCCUGGGUAAACAGGGCCAUCAUGUCGUGAUUCUGGAAAAAUCCAAGUUCUCUCGCGAGGCUGGUGCCGCCAUUCAUGUACCGCCUAAUUGCACGGCUCUGCUCAACUGGUUGGAAAUUGAUCCGAAGGAGUUUGGGGGGACGUUGCUGGAGCAGAUUCAUCGAUAUGACCACCUGGGUAACCUGAAGUACCGUAAAGACUUUGCCGAGAUUCGUCAAAAGUGGCAGGCAGAAUGGUAUCUCGUCCAUCGAGUCGAUCUACACAACUAUCUCAAGCAGCGGGCCAUGCAAACAGCCACUCUUCACAUGGGUUGCAAGAUAGUCAACAUCGAUGUGGACAAUGACCGCCCGUCGGUGAUGCUUGACAACGGGGAAAUAUUCGAAGGAGAUAUUUUGCUAGGAGCAGACGGUCUGCACUCAAUUGUCCGCAACGAAAUCGGCCAAAACCCCCCUGCACCAUUCCCAGCCGGCAAGUCCUGUUUCAGAUGGCUUCUUCCGACGGAUGAUCUGCGCCAUCUGCCAGCCACCCAGGAUAUCGUCCGAGACCCGGGUGUGUUUAUCGAAUGGGCUGGUGGUGACCGCCGACUUGUUGCGUAUCCAUGCUCUGACAAUAAGAUGUUCAAUCUUUGUGCUUUCCUUCCAACUGCCGAGGCUGGAGGUGCUGCAGAGGGUUGGCAAGCUGUCGGGAGCAAGGACGCCCUAGUGGCUGGAUUCGCCGAGUUCAGCCCGGACGUGAAGGAACUAGUUGACGGAGCGGACGAUAAUCUGAAGGUGUGGGAAUUGUUCGACAUGAAAUCGCUUCCCUCAUGGGUAAGGGGGCGUUCUGCCUUACUAGGUGAUGCAGCACAUCCAUUCCAACCAUAUAUGGGCCAAGGAGGCGCCAUGGCCAUCGAAGAUGCCGUUUCACUAGCAGUACUUCUUCCCGCCGGGACUCGCGUGGAAGACAUCCCCAAGCGGCUGGCACUAUACGAACAGGCCCGACGACCGCGCGUUGAAUUGGUUCUGGAUUACACGCGAAUUAACGGAGUAGAUGAGAAUGACACAACUGCAAAACGAAUCAGUGCCGCGGAAAUGGUCAAGUUCAUGGGCAUCUGCUUUUCGCACAAUGAAAUAAAGAGCUCAGGGGGGUUGCUGGAAUCUGCCAGACAGUGAACUGCAGCUUGAAUGCAUGCUGCCAGCACGUGUCUCCAUUUAUUAGGGGUAUAUAAGAGGAGUGCGUCUAUCUGUCUAGAGGAUUAGCCAUUUUGCCAUCAAUAAAUCGUUCUAUUCGCGAUAUAACAGCCGUGCUAUUCCUCUAACCAUGUUGUAUCUAAAAUAUCACUUCCAAACCGCCGCCGACCCAUAGAAAUAUAUCCGACGCACUUAAUAAAACAACCAUAAAACCAACAUCAAAUCA